AAUGUAAUUUAGUCAACCUGGUAAUGACUUACUAUCGGAGAAAAAAACCAAUUACUCUCAUGUCAAUGUCAUCCCCAACUUGUAAUUUGUUACACGGAGGAUUGCAACCCAGGCAGACAUGGGAUUUGGAAAUCCUUUUCAAUGGUAGCAUGUUUGGGAGGUCUGAGCAACGAGGAAGUUUCCUUGAAGUUUUUGGAGAAUUUAAGAAGAAAUAAAAAAGCAUAAUGGUGUCUUCACAACACAAAUCUUCACCUCUUCUUAUUCCGCGACUCUGUCUGUCCUCCGGAGAAUUGGAACCAUGUUGUGUCCGACUCCUCCUCAGCAGCAGCAACCUCAAUCUCUGCAAAACAUGGCACGCAGCCAGUCCUUGUGUCUUCAACAAUCUCAGUCUCACCGGACUUCACAACGCUGCCGCUCUUUAAACUACAAAUCAGGAAAAGAUGCAGAUUACAGUCCGGAUUUCUCAAAAGCCACAUUUGAAUUUAUGAUCAAAGGAUUAAAUAGUUUGAACAUUAAGAAGAACCUCAGCAGGUUGCCUUUGCUUAACAAAAGUUCCCAUGAUGACAACAGCAACCAUUACAAGCAACAAUACCAGACUACGGGAUCUGAUGAUUCCAACCCCACCGAGUCGCUUUUAUUGAGCGUUAGUCCCCACGCUGCUGACACUGACCAAGACGAGCCGGGUAAUGUAACAAGGAUAGUGUUUCAGGGCUCUGUAGAUUCUGAUCCGAGUGUGUCUCCUUUACCUUGCAUUAGUACCCAAGCUGAUACUGUCUAUGAUGGGCUAGACAGUGCGUUCCAGUUGAACUUAUUUGCUCAGGGAUCUGAUGACUCCAACCUCAAUGAGUCGCUUUUACCAAGCAGUAGUCCUCGCAUUAGCACCAACUAUGACGAACCGGGCAAUCUGGGCCCUUCUGGUUCAAAUCCUAGUGAGUCUGCAGCAAUUAACAUCGGUUCGCAGGAUGAACAUAAUGAUGUUGGCCAGCCACAUCACCGGACAAGGGUAACUGCCUUAGAGUUGACCUUUAUGCUCGUUGGUUUCAACCUAGAAAUGUUGUCAGCCGGUUUCGAUCAGGUUUCCUCCACAAGUAAGCCUCUUUAUGCACUAAUUAGUUUGCUGUUGGCCAUAGCGGCUGUGCUUACUUGCAUCCUGGAGCUCAUUCACAAUGGUAUAAAGCACAAAGAUGCUUCUCCGAAUAGACCUGUUUUUGGUACGUUGCCUGACAUUUUCGGAUUGGGACUUGCCGUGAUUCAAUGUGUUUGCUCGGCAGUGCAGUAUUAUUUCCUCCAUCAUCAUCAUAGUAAUCCAAUGAAACUGUCCCCUGUGCCUCUCUUUUUCUUCACAUGUUUGGUGGUUUUGAAAUUAAAAGGGAACUAGGGCCACACUGUUUAUAUAUUCAGACGCUAAAGCUUAUGACAGUAGGCAAUAUGUUUCAUGAGUUCUGUAUACGUAUCGAUUACGAAUGCAAAAUAGGAAGCAUGAGAAGUAUUUAUCUACUUUGUUCCCUGGAUCUAUGCAUACUUCUGGAGAUUUCACUUUAUUGUGUUUGUGUAUGUUCUGAUGAGUUUGUCUUCCUCUCUGUUAGGCUUUCUUGUGAUUUGUUCUGUUUGGCUUUUAGAGCA